GCAUAUCAAAUGUAUACCAACUUUACUUCGUCAGUACCAGUCAGUGCGUCAGUCCAUAUUGUAAUGUACUAUAUUAUUUAUCUAUAGUCAGUGCAUUCGUUGAACUUGAAUUUAUCAGUGGCCAGUGCAUUCGCAUUUCAAAAUGACAAUGCGUUUUGUUUUGAAUAGAACUUUUACCUCAGCGAUUAGGCACUACCAUAAACUAAGUUACGUGCACAACGUAGGAGAAGAACCGCUAAGACCACUGACUCUCGGACGAUUACUAGAACGCACAAGUGCCGAGUUUGGUCAAACACCAGCAGUUACAGCGUGCCACCAGGAUAAAACAAUUACAUUCAAAGAAUUGCUUCACGAAGCUGACAGACUAGCUGCGGGAUUACGACGUCUUGGUUUUAAGAAAGGUGAUAAGGUCGGCCUUUGGGCGCCGAAUAUCGUUGAGUGGUACACGACAUUUAUGGCGUGUGCCAGAGGAGGAUACCUUCUGGUUUCAAUAAAUCCUUAUUAUCAGAAGAAAGAACUAGAAUAUGCUAUAAAUAAAGUAGGUGUAAAUGUUUUAAUAUGUCCUAUAAGUUUUGGAAAACAACAAUUUUAUGAUAUAAUCAAUUUGGCUUGUCCAGAAUUGCCCAAUAGUGAUCCAGGAAAAUUGAAUAGCCCUACUGUCCCUACUUUGAGAAGUGUUGUAUUACUGGAGGAAAAUAAACUUAGGGGUACACAUACCUACAGCGAUAUUUUAAAUAUGGCCAAUGCUGAAAAUAUCUCAUUCAUUCAAAAUAACCAGAAAUCGAUCAAAAUUGAUGAUCCAUGUUACGUUAUGUUUACCUCAGGUACAACAGGUUUACCGAAGGCCCCUGUGCUAUCGCACUUCAGUGCAGUCAACAAUGCUUACUUUAUAGGCAAACGGAAUCACCUAGGAAAGAAACAACACACCUUAUGCAUUCCGAGUCCUCUGUUCCAUGCCAUGGGUUCUGUUAUAGGACUAGUUGGAGCAUUAAGUUACGGUACCAGUGUAGUAUUACCUUCAGACAAAUACGAUCCACGAAAGAAUAUAGAAGCACUAAAGAAACAUAAGUGCACCAUUAUGUAUGCAACGCCUACAAUGCAUAUAGACCUAAUCAAUUUACAAAAAGAGAAAAAGGAGAAACUUUACCUAGAAACGGUUAUCACGGGUGGAGCAAUUUGUACCCCGACACUGUUUAGAGAAAUUAAAGAUUUAUUGGGAGUAGAAACAGUAAAGUCAAUAUACGGUUUAACUGAAACCACAGGAUCCACUUUUCAGUCUUUAGAUGGAGAUACAGAAGAUAAAAUAACAAAAACUGUUGGAUACUUACAAGAGCAUUUAGAGAUUAAAAUUGUUGACUCGGAAGGGAUCAUAGUACCGCGAGGAGUACCUGGGGAACUUUGCAUAAGAGGAUACUCGGUGAUGACGGGAUAUUAUGGAGAUAUCGAGAAAACGAAUGAAGCUAAAGAAUCUACUGGAUGGUUUCAUACAGGAGACCUGUUUAUUCUUGAUGAAGAUGGUUACGGAGAAAUAGUAGGAAGACUUAAAGAUAUGAUUAUACGAGGAGGAGAAAAUAUUUAUCCUAGAGAAUUAGAAGACUUUUUAAACACCCAUCCCGAUAUAAUAGAGACUCAGGUUAUUGGGCUACCUCAUGAUAGGUUAGGAGAAGAAAUAUGUGCCUGUAUACGUACAAAAUACGACAAACAAUUGACAUUGAAAGACCUUCACGAGUUUUGUUUUGGAACCAUUGCAUCGUUUAAAAUACCGACUGUUGUGAAAGUUAUGACUGAAUUUCCGAAAACACUAUCAGGAAAAGUACAAAAAAGAAAAUUAAUACAAAUGUUUAAAUAAAUGUUUUAAUAGAAAA